AUGAGAGCUGGUCGCGAGACUGUUGGCGUCGCUCCUCCUCGUGCUCAAGUCUACGAAUAUAUCCGAGUGCGAUUUGUACAUAAAACUCACGAAAUGAUUUCUUCGGCGGUCGUCAUACCAGAGAGAGACCUAGAUUUCAGGCCUGAUGAGAAUUCAUCACCAACAUUGAAAAGGAAACUGUCUCAAUCACACAAUGACGAGCGCAAAAGGCCAAGGGUGGACGUAGAUACGCUCGACUACGACGAUGCGCCAAAGAGUGCCAGCAGAGAAGUCCAGAAGGAAUCCAAGUCGACCAGCACAACCUCUCCUAUAGCUCGGCGAUCGAGCGCAUUAGCGAGCAACACUGUCGACGAGAAGAAGCGCAACAAGAGACUGUUCGGCUCAUUACUUGGAACACUAUCGCAGACUACAGCGCGUUCAAAUCCUGCUCACAAGAAACGCGACGAAAUAGAGGCACGUCAACGCGAACGGCUGAAAAAGGAGAACGAGGACCAGGAGGCUGAGCGCAAAAGGCGCAGAGAUGAGCUGUCUCAGCACAGAAGGAGACAGCAGAAAGUAUGGGAAGAGGAGGGAAUCAGGCUACGGCAUGAAAACAUGAGGGCUAUGGCUGGCUUUUUGCGCACAAAGGCUGAGCCUGUGCUGUACUAUCUACCUUGGGAGCUCAGGGACGAAGAGGAAGAGCUACUGAAGACGCAAAGAGAGCAGGUCGAGCGUCAGAUACGGCAAGAGCUCGGAACAGAAAAAAACGAAGAGCAAAGUAUACUCGUCUCGAUGGAGCAAGAUAAUGAAGAAGAUCAAGUCGAGCCCAGCACUAUGCCUAAUGAUGUGGACAAGAAGGAGAACGAAGAAGAUCCCGAGCCAGGCUUGGACUCGAGAGAUGCAAUCCAAAAGCAGAAUGGCGAUAUACCAAUCCCUGAUAAUCCUGACUCUAGACGCAGCACAGAGACACUCGUGAACAAGUCAAUCGAAGAACCUAAUGAAAGGAAACACAUCGAGCAAGAUACCAAGGAGGACGAUCACAAUGGCGAAGAGCUGGUAGAGGGCCAGGAAGACGAUGUCAUUUACUGA